AUGCAGGACAAGUACCACAUGCUCAAGGAGAACGACACUUGGGAGCUGGUGCCUCGACCUCGUGGUGCACAUGUCAUCACAGGGAAAUGGAUCUUCAAGAACAAAUUCCAUGCUGACAGCAUGUUGGAAUCUGAGGCGCACCUGCUGUUGUACAUCGACAACAUUGUGCUCGCUGCCUCAUCACCGGAGCUUCUACAUCGCAUCAUCGAUCAGUUCUGCCUUGAGUUCACGAUGAAGGAUUUAGGACCCGUCCACUUCUUCCUCAGCAUCCAGGUACGGCGGAUGGCUGUCGGCUUCUUCCUGUCCCGGGCACAGUACGCCGAUGAGAAGCGCGCCGAGAUGAUGAACUGCACGCCUGCCUCCACUUCGUUCGACGUCAAGGCGAAGGUGUCCUCCACCACAGGCACGCCGGUGCAUGACCCGAUGUUAUAUCGCAGCAGCAUCGGCGCGCUCCAAUAUCUCACGCUCACGCGCUCGGACCUCACCUACGCCGUGCAACAAGCGUGUCUCCAUAUGCAUGAUCCUAUGGAUGUGCACUGGAUAUUGGUGAAAUGGAUCCUCCGCUAUGUUCGUGGCACGGUUACCAAAGGUCUGCAGCUCCGGCGGUCGACCUUACCGAUGGUCGUCACCUACUCGGACGCGAACUGGGCAGGCUGUCCAGACACGCGCCGCUCAAUGUCAGGCUUCUGCAUCUUCUUCGGUGACUCCCUGGUGUCGUGGUCCUCCAAGCGCCAAGCCAUCAUGUCACGGUCCAGCGUGGAGGCCGAAUUCAGAGGAGUGGCGAACGCCGCCGCAGAGUGCUGCUGGCUAUGUCAUCUUCUCGGCGAGCUUCACAUCAAGAUUGACAAGGCGACACUCCUGUACUGCGACAACGUGUCCGUGGUCUACCUCAUGAAGAACCCAGUCCACCAUGGCUGUACCAAGCACAUCGAGCUAGAUGUUCACUUCAUCCGGGAAAAGGUGGCAAUUGGUGAAAUCCGCACUCUCCAUGUUCCGACGCGGCAGCAAAUACCUGACAUCAUGACCAAGGGCUUGCCAAAGGCGGUGUUCGAGGAUUUUCGGUCCAGUUUGUGCAUCGCCGAUGACGCACGAACUGCCCGGAGGUGGGGGUCAAAGUGGCUGACUGAAUCUUGUUGGAUAGCUGAUAGGAUAGGCGCUAUCUGUUAG